AAGCCUCUCGUCAUUAAGGUUUCGUUCACAUUUCCCUCUCUCCGGUCUCCGUCCCUAAAAACCCCCCACAGAAAGGAAAAAAAAAAAAAAAAAACCAAUGGGUUCCCGGUACGAGGUUGAGGUCGCGAUUACCUCCGCUAAGGAUUUGAAGAACGUCAACUGGCGUCACGGUCCCCUCAAGCCUUACGCCGUCGUCUGGGUCGACCCUAAGGCCAAAUGCUCCACCCGGGUCGACGACGAGGGCGACACCUCUCCCUACUGGGAGGAAACCCUAGUCAUCCCUUUUGAUUCCCCCAUCGAGGACUCCACCCUCCAUAUCGACGUCGUCCACGCCAAGGCCGCCGAGGACACCAAGCCCCUCAUCGGUUCCGCUCGUCUCCGUCUCAUCGACGUCGUCGAUGAGGCCGGCUUGGGCCGCCGGGUCGAGCGCAAGCUCGAGCUUAAGCGACCCUCCGGCCGUCCACAUGGCAAGUUGCAAGUCCAAGUCAGCGUGCGGGAGCCGCCGCGCUACCGUGCCCCCGACCCCUACUAUGCACCUCCGUAUGGGGUCCCACAACCGGGUUCCAGAGAUUAUGCGGCUCCCCACCCAUAUGGUAAUUCCCCCUAUGGGGCCCCACCAGCAAGCGCUUAUGCGGCGCCACCUGCAGGAUACCCCUACAGUGCACCACCGGCUGCUCCCCCUCCCUCCUACGGUCAGCCAAGUUACGGGCAGCCGGCUUACGGGCAGCCCAGUUACGGGCAGCCAGUUUAUGGGGAGGAGAAGAAGAAGAGUAAGUUUGGUGGGAUGGGGACGGGAUUGGCUGUGGGCGCGGUUGCAGGGGCUCUAGGUGGACUGGCAUUGGCCGAGGGUAUUGAUUAUGCUAAGGAUAAGAUCGCCGACGAUGCUGCUGAGAAGGUGGAGGAGGAUCUCGGCUACGAUGAUGAUGAUGGUGGUGACUGGUGAUGGCCGGAAUUUGAUCGAAUUGUUUCUGAAUCAAUAUACAUAUAUUUCAGAAAAAGGGGGUGGUGGCCCGGGGGCGGGGGGUGAUUUUUAGGCUGGCUUUGGGCCUUGAACUUACAUUUGACUUUGGUCUGGCAUUUUCAUGGCCUGACAUCCUUGUUAAUUGUCGUGAGCUUGCAAAAAUAAAGAGACAUAUUAUAUCGUUCUGUUUCA